AUGGAGGAUUACGAAACUGUGGCAUUGACCGAAGAGUGCAGUGCUAUUUUGCAAAGGAAGCUUCCACAGAAGUUGAGAGAUCGAUCCUGGAAGUUUCACAAUCCCAUGCACAAUUGCAUAAAUCUCAUGCAUCUAUCAGUAUUCAAAAGACUUGGUUUGGGUGAGGCAAAGCCAACAACGGUUACACUACAGUUGGCCGAUAGAUCACUGGCUCAUCCGAGGGGGAUUAUUGAAGAUGUGCUAGUGAAGGUCGACAAAUUCAUUUUCCCUGCAGAUUUUAUUGUGCUGGAUAUGGAGGAGGAUGCAAAUGUCCCAAUUAUUCUUGGACGACCGUUCCUAGCAACAGGACAAGCUCUCAUAGAUGUGCAAAAGGGAGAGCUGAAACUCAGAGUCGAGGGGGAUGAGGUGGUGUUUAGUGUCUUUAAGGCAAUGACGUAUCCGAUGGCUAGUGACAGUUGCUACAGUGUGGAUGUGAUAGAUAAAGCAGUUUUGGAAAGACGGGUCAGUAGUGAUGCUUUAGAGGUAGUGUUGACUGGUGGGGAGGAAGACGAAGAAGAUGAUGAGAUGAAAGAAUAUGUAAAGUGGAUUAACUCUUACCACCUGUAUUUGAAGAAGUUUGAAGAGUUGGCAGAGGCCACCGAUUGA